AUGAUGAGGCUAUUCACAAACGCCCUAUGGGCUACUGUCGGAUUGGCGGUGUCAGGCAUAUCUGCAGUCGCAGCGCAGGGGUUAGAAGAAGUACUCAGCAAACAAGCAAAUCUGACGACAUUCCGCGGACUCGUAAAGGAUCACCCAGAUAUCUUUUCAAAGUUGCCCGAAUCCGGUGUUACGAUCCUCGCUCCGAUUGACUCAGCCUACCUCAAAGGCCAAGGCUGGGACGCGAACAAGGACGCCAUCGCCAUUGCGCUUCAGUACGGCAUCCUCACCAGCAAAGUCGCCUUGAACGCCUUCUCGCCAGGCGACUCGCGCAUCGUAUCGACGCGCCUCACCGACGCGCGGUUCUCCAACGUGACCGGCGGCCAGACGGCGCUCGUCACCAAGCAACCCAACAACGACGUAGUCAUCACAUCGGGCGUCGCAUCGCGCACGACCGUCCUCCAGACCGACGUCCCCUUUGACGGCGGCCUCAUCCAGAUCAUCGACAGCCUCAUGGUCCCGCCCGCGCGCCUCGAAACCACGGCCCGCGACGCCUACCAGGACCUGACGGCCUUCCUCGGCGCGCUCUACACGGCCGAGCUCGUCGCCGACUUUGCCGAGACCCCCAACGUCACCAUUUUCGCGCCGAGAAACGCCGCUUUCCAACAGGUCGCCGGCUCGCUCGCCGGCCUGAGCAAGGAGGCGCUGCGCCGUGUGCUGCAGUAUCACUUGGUCCCGUCGCGGGUGGUGCAGGCGUCUUCGCUGACAAACGGGACCGAAUUCGCGACCGCUGCCGGCAAUAAGAGUCUCGACAUUACGCUCUAUAACAAUGACAUCUUUGUCAACUCGGCGCGCCUCAUCCAGACCAAUAUUCUGAUUGCCAACGGCGUCGUGCAAAUGAUUGACGCCGUGCUCAACGUUGACACGCCCAAUGUUGUCCUGAAUGUGACGGCUGUUUCGCAGUCGCCAGUGUUCACAGUCACGGGGGCGGUGGAGACCGGUACCGCGGCCCCGACGCCGUUCAUUUCUGCCCUGCCGUGUACGGUGAGCUGCCCGGUAUCCGGCGGCGGAAGUGGCGGCGGCGGCACCGGUGGAACGGCGACGGGCGGGGUAGCGGCUCCCAGCUCCAGCUCUGGCGGCGUCGCCGCGGCGCGGGGCACCGGUCUGGCGGGUGCCGCCGCAGCGGGGGCGGGAUUGAGUUUGGCCAUGGGGUUGUUGGGAAUGGAGGCCUUGGGUGUCAUCGCCUGA